AUGGGAAAUGACAACACCUAGUAUAUUUGUGAUGAAUGCUGUUUGGAUUUAUAAGAUGGAACCUACAAGGUGAAUGUUGAAAAUCUAAUUCAUAUAAAGGAUGUAUAAUUUAGGACUAUCUUAUAAAAGGCAUUAAAGGGUCCUGAACAUUUAAUAUCAAAACUUAAUUUGUCCCCUUCCCUUAAAAACUUUUUUAAUGAAUUAGAUAAAUUUAAUGAUAAAACAUUGGAUGGUAUUUUUUUGAAUAUCAAAACACAAAUUGUUAAAAUUUAAAAUUUCCUGUUCGAGGUCUAGAGCGAAAUGGUAUAAGAUUCAAAAUAUAUUCUUGAUACAAAAUAGAAAAUUAGGGAAUAAUUGAAUAAAAUUAUUAAAUUUGAUCAAUUCUAAUAAAUCUUACAGAAUUUUUAAUCAAUAGAGGUUUAAAAUAAUGUUGAAGCCAUUCAAUAAAAUGAAAGGAUAGUUCAUAAUUAUUUAAUUGAUCUUACUAAAAAUGAUUCAAAAGAACUUAAUUAAACUUUGACCGAUUUAUUAAAUGGAACAGUAUUAUAGCUUAAAAAUUCAAAUUAAGAAAAACUUCCUUAAUGUAAAAAGUUACAAGAAUAGUUUAGAUAUUUAAAUGCUAGCAAAUAAGAACUCAUAAAGUAAAUUAAUGUAAUAUAUUUUGAACAGUCAAUUUUGUCUUAUUAUUACAAAUAGAAAAUAAUAAAUACUAUUUAAUUGAAAUCCGAUAAAAUAGCAACAAGCUUUUAAAGAAUCUUUUUAAGUUCAAAAGAUGGAUUAAAUGCAAGUGCUUUUUGGGGUAAAGUUGAAGGUAAAUCAAAUUUAUUAAUGAUAUUCAAAACUAAAAGUGGUUACAUUUUUGGUGGGUUUUCUCCUUGUUAAUGGCUAUCAGAUUAGAAUAACUACGUAAAAGAUGGUACAUUAACCUCGUUUAUAUUUUCAUAAUCUUAUGAUGAAGUAUAUCCUUUAAAAUCAUUAUAUUAAUCAAAAGCUAUCUAUUCUGGUAGUAACUAUGGACCUACUUUUGGGGAUGGUCAUGAUAUUUAUAUUGAUUAAGAUUUUCAAAAUGGUUAUUCUAACUUAGGAUAUGCCUAUAAGUGGGAUAAAUAUUAAAAUGCCAAAAGUUCAUAUUUAUUUGGAUAAUCAACUCCAAAUAUAUCAGAAUGUGAGAUUUAUUAAGUAAUAUUUGGUUGA